GAACGUCGAAGUGAGCUAAGUAAUAUCUCAUAUAUAUAUUUUUUUCUUUUCCUCUAGCGAGAGCAACACUUCUCUUCCCAGGUUUUUUCGUUGUUUUUUGAAUCCUCGAGAAGAAGAAAAGCAGUGGAUGGUUCUAGUCUCCCCCUUCGUGUCUUCAUCUCUCAGUAUACCUAUAGAUCUAUAAGUUUACUCGAAGAAACAUACACGAGGCACAGAAAGGCACAUAUCAAAGUAGAAGGAAAUCAAGAAGAAAAACAAGAAGAAGCACCAUGACGACCAACGUGGACCUCACCGCAGCGCCGGCCGCCAUCGGCAAGAGUGUGGUCAAGACAACGGCGGCCAUCUUCAAGGAGGAGGUCAGCGCGCCGCGCGUGCUGGGGGAGUCGGAGGCCUUCAUCGCCUACACCCUGAAGAACCGCCGCACGAUUCGGCUCGUCUGCCGGACUACCAACGGCCGCGGUGCCUUCCGCUGGCACGAGGGGGCGGUGUACGGCCUUCGCUUCGUCAACUUCCACAGCAACGUCGCCGCCUCUGCCUCGGAGACGGACUUCUACGUCUGGGUAGCCGUAUCCGAGACGACGAACGAGGCCGGACCGGGCGAAAAGGCCAGCCCGACGACGCGGCUGACGGUGAAGCCGUACUUCAAGCUGUUCGACCCCAUCAUGAUCAACAGCUUCCACUUCUUCAUUAACCCCUCCAACAACAUGCCCGACCUGCUCAUCCUGUACAACAAGACGGCGGCGGUGCUGCAGAGCUCCAAGCUGAUCUCCGAGUACACGAGCGGUGUGCAGGAGGCGCGGCUGAGCGAGCAGAGUCGUGAGCUGCGUCAGCUGCCGCAGGAGACGUCCUCGAAGAGCCUGUGCACCACCUUCAGCGGCGGCUGGCUCGCCUUCACGUCGGAGGCGACGAAGGUGAUGGCGUGCACGCUGCGCAACACGACAACGCCGGCGUGGAGCGGGUGCGAGGGGGAGGAGAUUGUGCGGCUCAGUUUUGUGGGCAGCAACACCGCUACUAACGGCGCGGCUGCUGCCGCUGCCGCUGAUGCUGCUGCUGCCGCGGCAAACGCCAGCAGCGCGCUGCUGGCCAUCUGCUCCACCGCGAAGGUGUACCUGUGGAAGCUGACGGGCGUGGCGGAGCCGGUGCUGCUGCGCUCCUUCACGUUCGGCAACAUCGUCACGAUGCUGUCCUCGCACAAUGCCUUUUCCGUCUUCAACGAUGCCGGUAAGGUCGCUCGUGUGCAACUGCGGGGUGAGACGGACAUGGACGCCGUGGUGUACGACAUGGGCAAGACGGUGCGCUCGACCAGCGUGUGCUACCACGAGGCGGCGCACUUCGCGACGGUGUUGGUAGACAACGUGAUGGAGUUGACGCUGUACCAACUCGCAACGGCAAACAACAGCAGCAGCAUUCGGGACAGCAACUCCAGCAACGACCAGGGCAGCAACAAGAGCUCGCCGGUUGCCGCUGCAGCUGCUGCUGCUGCUGCUGCUGCCCCUGCACCUGCGGUGCCUGUGGCGCCCACGAACACCGCGAAUAUGCCGUUCGUAGACCCGUCCAUCAUCACCGUUGGCAUUCCUUUUCGGCCAAACCUCAACAGCAACGUCAACACGAACAAAGUGCAGGAAGUGGCGCCGUCGUCGUCGUCGCCUGCAGCGGCUCCUGCCGCGAACCACAACAGCGUCACCUCUGCCGCCGCGAUCAACGCGAACCCGAUCGCGGCCAUGGCGGCGUACCAGUCUGCGCGUGUGGCCCUGCAGAACACAUCGCUGCCGCAGUCGUUGGACGGCCUUGUGGCGAGUGCCGUCUACCAAAGCGACGAGAACGUGCGCCGCGCCGUGGAGGGGUUGCUGAACGUGCUGAAGAACAUUACACAGAUUUUACAGCUGACCCCUGAUCAGCUCCUACGCGAUCAUCAGCAGUUGAUUUCCCUCGCGCUGGAGGCGCAGAUGACGGAGCUGCAGCAGGCCACAACGGCGGUCAACACCGCAACGACGGCGGCGGCGGCUGGUGCUGGCACUUCCGCCCCGCCUGCGUCACCUGCCAGCGCGCGCCACAGCGAGGCCUUCAACAGCUACGCGCUGGCGAAGCUGCUCGCGCCUGUCGCGAGCGAAAUCGCCACCGGCGUCACCCAUGGUGUGCGUGACACCCUCCGCACCGAGCUCGACGCGGCCGUCAACGCCGCCUUCGGCGCCAACGUGCACGCCGCCCAAAAGGAGGUGCUGCGUCGACGUCUGGACGAGGCGCUGCAGAGCAGUGCCCGCGUGCUCGGCGAGGACGUCGCGAGCCGGGUGGACCGCUACAUCGAGCACGAGCUGAGCGAGUCUCUGGCGCGCGUCAACGCCGGCAUGAGUGCGCUGGAGGAGCAGAACCGCAAGCUGCAGUCCGCCCUGCAUCAGAUUGUGAACUCGGGUGCCGUGCAGGAGUUGGAAGCGAUGCGGGCGGAGGUGGCGCGGUUGCGCGGGGCUCUCGAGCGGGGAGAGGCCGUGAUGGAGGGCGGUGCUGCUGCGGCGGGAGGUGUCGCACCGGCUUCUCUGUCGCCGCAGACGGUGAUUGAGACGUCGGAGAAGUACAUCAAAGAGGGCCACGUUGCGCAGGGUCUGACCUACGUGGUCAUGGCGCAGAACCCGCGCUGUGUCGUGCAGCUGCUGACGCGGCUCUCCGAGGAUGACGUGGCGAACGUGGUGUCAGACGCGGAGACGUCGGAGUCGACCUGGUCGAAGCUGAUCACGCAGCUGUGCGAGUCGGAGACGGCGGCGGACACGGCGGCGGAGUUGGAGACGGUAGCGUCGUUUCUCUUCGAUGUGCUGUCGGAGCACGACGACUUGAUUUCGAAGAAGACGGCGAAGGCGCAGCAGACGCGCAGUGAUGUGCGCCACUUCGUCGCCCGCACCCGGGGCAAGAUCGACAGCAUCGAGGGCCGCCGCGUAUUGAAGGACUUGGAGAAGUGCAUCCAGUAA